AUGACAAAGCACGAGCGAUUCACUACUAGCCCAUUCGACGAGGUAGCGCUCACUAUGGGCGACUGGUCCCAACUCGAGGCACUGGCGCAAGCCUUCGUGUCCGAUAAUCUGCGGCAAUAUCUAAGACACUCGGCCGUGGGACUCGACAAGGUGGACGAUCGCCGUUGGAAGGUGGUCAAGGCCAAGGAAGCUCUACGCGUCUACGCGGAACGAUCGCAGAAUGACGAUACCGAGUAUUUUGUCUGCGAGCUGCCGGUCAUGUUCAGUGCCGGCACAUUGGUCGGAAACCUCGAAGACGUCAUGUUCGGUGUCGUGAACCCGUCACUUGAGCUCAUGCGUAUCAAAUCUUCAUACGUCGACGACGUCAGCGGCGCCGCGGUGCUGGCGUCCAUUGUAGAGCCUUCAAUGGACGACCCGUUCUGCUCGCUCGUCAUCAAGUGGAUGGAGACGGAUCUACCAUUACACAAGUCGGGCCUUGUUAAGAACAGAGACUACGUCUACAUGGAGGCCACGGGUAUGGUACAACUUGGGCAGAGAGGAGACCGUAUCGGUUAUCACCUCAUGCACUCGGUGCAUUUCCCCCAAACAAUCGACCGGCCACACAAAGUACGUGGCCGGCUGUCAAUAUGUAGCUUUUUCCGGCAAACCAGUCCCGACACGGUAGAGCACUACUCUUCCGGCACAAUCGACGCUGGAGGUGCUAUCCCACGUUCGAUCUUGAUGCGAAACACUGCCGCUCAAAUGUUGGCGCCACUGCGCUACGCGUAUUGCGGCCAGAUGAAGAAACUCACGUGGAUGUUGCAGCAAAAGAGAGAGGAACGUCGACUAGGAACCGACUCGGUCAAACUGCCGACACCCCGGCACGUAUGUGUGACCUGCCGAUCGAAGGCCGGCGGCCUGUUCAGCACCAAGUGCCGCAUCUGUCUGGGUGACCUUUGCAUGCCGUGUUCUAUUAAGAAGCGCCUGAGUUUUCUAUCGUCGAGCAGUGCGCUCGUGCGUCAUAAGGUGUCGGUGUGUGCCUCCUGUAUGCUGGAGGGGCUACACGCCAGCGCGUCCAGGGCAGCGCGUGACCAACUCUUCGGGCCGUCCACUUAUAGCGUGUUCUCUACAUGCUCCGUGUCGGAAACGAGCUCCGACCUCUCGUCAUCCCCGACGGUGUUGGGCCGUAGUUGGCUUAACAAGACGACAGUAUAG